AUGAGGAAGACUCUGCUGCUGCUGCUGGCCUCUCUGGCCUUUGCCUCUCUCACGGCUUUGACUGAUGGAGCUCCGCUUAAAGUCAUGUCUGCCCCCAACCUGUUGAGAGUGGAAACAACAGAAAACAUUUUUGUGGAGUGUCAGGACUGCACCGGAGGAGACAUCAAGGUCCAAAUCAACGUGAUGACGCACCCAAGGAGAGAUGAAAUCCUCGACUCCACGUCUGUGACUCUCACCAGUGCCAAUAACUACCAAAUGUUUGGACAAGUCAAGCUCGCGGGUACAAAAUUCAAAAAGGAUCCCAACGAGAAGCAGUACGUUUACCUGCAAGCUCAGUUUGAUGAUCGACUACUGGAGAAGGUGGUCUUAGUUUCCUUCCAAUCUGGAUACAUCUUCAUCCAGACAGACAAGACCCUCUACACCCCCAACAGCAGAGUUCAUUACAGGAUGUUUGCUGUGACGCCCCAGAUGGAGCCUGUGGAGAGGGAUCCACAAACUAAAUCUGAAGCCUCUAUUGCCAUUGAAAUUGUGACCCCUGAUGGCAUCGUUUUACAAGUUAAUCCAGUCUCAUUGACAUCAGGCAUUCACUCAAACUAUUAUCAACUCCCUGAAAUCGCGAGUCCUGGCCUGUGGAAGGUGGUGGCCAGGUUCCAAAGUAAUCCACAACAAAGCUAUUCAGCGGAUUUUGAGGUGAAAGAAUACGUGCUUCCCAGUUUUGAGGUGAAACUCAAACCUCAGGACUCCUACUUCUACGUGGACAGCAACGACCUGACUGUGGAAAUCAAAGCAACGUAUCUGUUUGGUAAAGAGGUGGACGGGACGGCCUAUGUCGUGUUUGGAGUUAUGCAGGAGGGACAGAAGAAAAAAAGCUUCCCAAGCUCUCUUCAGAGAGUGCCAGUCCAGAGGGGUGACGGGAAGGCCAUCCUGAAGAGUGAGCACAUCACUCAGGUCUUUCCGAACAUCCAGGAACUUGUUGGAGACUCCAUUUUUGUCUCUGUCAGUGUUUUGACUGAGAGCGGUAGUGAAAUGGUGGAGGCAGAAGUCAGAGGCAUCCAGAUUGUCACUUCACCCUACACUAUCCACUUCAAGAAAACUCCCAGAUACUUCAAACCAGGAAUGUCUUUUGAUGUCACGGUUGAAGUUUUGAACCCUGAUGAGACUCCAGCCACAAACAUUCAAGUGGUGGUCUUUCCUGGUGAAGUUCAAGGUAUCACUGGGAAAAAUGGUGUUGCAAGGCUCACCGUCAAUACACAAGGAAACAUGCAAACUCUCGACAUCUCAGCCAGGACCGCUGAUCCAAAGCUCCUACUGAAAAGACAGGCAGAGGCUAGAAUGACAGCACAGUCAUACACCACCAACACUGCCAGAUACAUCCAUAUCAGUGUUGAUUCAGCAGAUCUAGAAAAAGGAAACAACCUCAAAGUCAGCCUGAACUUCAAUGACUUCCCAAAUGAGGAACGAGACAUCACGUACCUGAUCCUGGCCAGAGGUCAGCUGGUGAAAUAUGGACGUUACAAGACACGAAGACAAGUGUUGAUUUCCCUGAAUGUUCCCAUCACCGAAACAAUGCUGCCAUCCUUCCGCAUUGUUGCUUACUACCAUCCAAGUGACAAUGAAGUGGUAUCAGACUCUGUCUGGGUGGAUGUUAAAGACUCCUGCAUGGGCUCAUUGACACUGCUACCAAUGAGGCCUGCAACAUCCUACCUCCCUCGCACGAUGUUCGAUCUGAAGGUCACGGGAGACCCCGGAGCCACGGUGGGACUGGUGGCGGUGGACAAAGGCGUCUACGUCCUGAACAACAAGCACCGGCUCAUGCAGAAAAAGGUGUGGGACAAAGUGGAGGAGCACGACACCGGCUGCACACCAGGUGGAGGGAAAGACAGCAUGGGAGUUUUCUACGAUGCGGGGCUGAUGUUUGAGAGCAACACUGCUUCAGGAACUCCUUACAGACAAGAACCGAAAUGUGCGGCCCCUCCGGCGGCGAGACGGAAACGCGCUUCUACUAUCAUGGAGGUUACCACCACUUUAGUUGAUAAAUAUAAAUCGAACAAGCUGCAAAAGGAGUGCUGCAUGGAUGGCUUGAGCGAAACGCCUCUUUCAUACAGCUGUGAGAGACGCAGCGAGUACAUCGUAGACGGCCCGGCCUGUGUGGAGGCUUUCCUGGACUGCUGCAGAGAGAUGACAACCCAGAGAGCUGACAAGAAGGAGGAGAGUCUCAAACUGGCUCGCAGUGAAGAGGAUGACGACAGUAACUUGGACAGCGUUGACAUCGUCACUCGCAGCAGUUUCCCUGAAAGUUGGCUGUGGACUAGCGUCGAGCUUCCCAAGUGUCCUAAUGGAACAGUGUGUGACCCCACAUCAGUUCAGAAGAGUGUUCCCCUGCCCGACUCCAUCACAACCUGGCAGUUAACCGGUAUCAGCCUGUCACGGACUCACGGAAUCUGUGUUGGAGAGCCGUUGGAGGUUAUUGUCCGGAAAGAGUUCUUCAUUGACCUCAGGCUGCCUUAUUCUGCUGUCCGAGGAGAGCAGCUGGAAAUCAAGGCUAUCCUUCACAACUACAGUCCUGAAAAAAUCACUGUGCGAGUGGAUCUGACGGAGGCACAGCAUGUGUGCAGUGCAGCAUCCAAACGUGGGCGGUACCGUCAGGAGGUCAACGUAGGACCCCAAACCACACGAUCAGUGCCCUUCGUCAUCAUCCCCAUGAAGGAGGGAGAGGUCCAGAUUGAGGUCAAAGCGGUUGUCAGGGAAUUCUUAGUCGGUGACGGCAUCAUGAAAAUGCUUCGGGUGGUGCCUGAAGGUGUACUCGUUAGGAGUCCCAAGAUCAUCACUCUGGACCCUAAAGGUGGAACACAAGAGGAAGUUCUCAACAGUCAAAUUCCAAAAAAGGAUAUGAUUCCAAACUCACCUACGAGCACACACAUCUCUGUGACAGGAAGAGAAGAUAUUUCAGCUCUCGUGGAGAACGCCAUCAGUGGGAAGUCGAUGGGUACACUGAUCUACCAGCCCUCGGGAUGCGGAGAGCAGACCAUGAUCCACAUGACUCUGCCUGUCAUUGCAACCAUAUAUCUGGACAGAACCAACCAGUGGGAGGCUGUAGGCUUUCAGAAACGUGAUGAAGCCCUCCAACACAUAAAUACUGGCUACAAUCGGGAGUUGCUUUUCCGUAAAACGGAUGGGUCUUUUUUUGCAUGGAAAGGCCGCCCAAGCAGCUCCUGGCUGACAGCCUAUGUUGCUAAGGUGUUUGCCAUGGCCCAUGGUCUGGUGGCAGUGCAGGAAGAGUAUAUCUGUGACGCCAUCAAGUAUCUAAUCCUCAACGCACAGCAGCCUGACGGCAUGUUUCAAGAAAUUGGGACAGUGUUCCAUGGGGAAAUGAUUGGAGAUGUAAAGGGUACAGAUUCAGAUGCCUCCAUGACGGCCUUCAACCUGAUCGCCAUGCAGGAAUCACGGGCGAUAUGUAAUGCCACUGUUAAUAGUCUGUCAAACAGCAUAGACAAAGCUGUGGCAUACCUGGAGAAUCGCCUGGAGAGCCUCACCAAUCCUUACGCUGUCGCCAUGACUUCCUACGCGCUGGCCAAUGAAGGCAAACUCAACCGGGAGAUCCUCUACAAAUUUGUUUCCCCAGAGUUGUCUCACUGGCCUGUACCUAAGGGACAUAUAUACACACUGGAGGCCACAGCUUAUGCUCUUCUGGCCCUGGUCAAGACCAAGGCAUUUGAAGAUGCCAGGCCUGUGGUGAGAUGGUUCAGUCAGCAGCAGUGUGUGGGCGGAGGCUAUGGAUCAACUCAGGCAACAGUCAUGGUCUACCAGGCUGUAUCGGAGUACUGGAUCAAUGCUAAGGAACCAGAGUACGACCUGAAUGUGGACAUUUUAAUGCCAGGCAGGUCGAAGCCUGACACGUUCAAAGUGAACAGAGAAAACCACUAUCAAACAAGAACAUCGAAGAUUAAUGAUAUAAACCAGGACGUGCUUGUGACAGCCACAGGAUCAGGAGAAGCAACAGUAAAAAUGGUGUCUUUGUAUUAUGCUCUGCCUAAAGAAAAAGAAAGUGACUGUCAGAGGUUCAAUAUGUCACUGGAGCUCAUCCCAGAGAAAAUAGAUGAUGACGAGAAGGUAUUCCGGCUGAAAAUAGAAUUGUUGUACAAUAGCAAAGAGCGUGAUGCGACAAUGUCGAUCUUGGACAUCGGAUUAUUGACUGGCUUCACCGUGGAAAAAGACGACUUGGACCGGUUGUCGAAAGGACGUGCCCGCACCAUUGCAAAAUAUGAGAUGAACACUGUGCUGUCAGAAAGAGGCUCGCUCAUCAUCUACCUUGAGAAGGUUUCUCACACACAGCCAGAGGAAAUCAGUUUUAGGAUUAGGCAGACGCUCAAAGUGGGCGUCUUGCAGCCGGCAGCCGUGUCUGUCUAUGAAUACUAUAACGAAACUCAAUGCGUGAAGUUCUACCAUCCAGAGAGGAAAGCUGGACAGCUUCUGCGGCUCUGCAGAAACGAUGAAUGCACUUGCGCUGAAGAGAACUGCAGUAUGCAGAAGAUGGGAAAAAUCAGCAAUGAUGAGCGCACUGCUAAGAUUUGUGAGGCUACACUAACCAGCAAAAUAGAGUUUGCAUACAAAGUACAACUGGAGGAGAUGGUAGCUGAUCUGUCCACAGACAGUUACACCAUGCAGAUACUGGAUGUCAUCAAAGAAGGAAACACUGAUAUUGGUCCUAUGGGUAAACUGCGCACGUUCCUCAGCUAUCAGCACUGCAGAGAAGCUUUAGGUCUUCAAAAGGGUAAAACGUACCUCAUCAUGGGCUCGUCCAAAGACAUCCACAGAGAUGACCAAGAGCAGACGUUUCAGUACGUGCUUGGUGAGAGGACCUGGGUUGAGUACUGGCCCACAAGAGCAGAGUGUCAAACGGAUGAACACCGACCGUCCUGUUUGGGCUUGGAUGAGAUGGUGGAUCAGUAUAGAGUCUUUGCAUGUCAGCAGUAAUGAAAUCCAAGGAACUGUAACCUUUAUUUUUAUACAUCUCAUGUUUUUCCUGUGUAACCUUGCAUGGGUGAAUAAAGUAUAUUGUCCUGAAAAUU